AUGCUUCCCGUUGAUCCUAAAGAAAUACAAGAAAAGCUCUCCACCCACUUCAGGCCUUGGCAACGCUCCUUUCAGUUCUGGGUUCGUGCAGCUGACAUCUACACCGGUUACAAGGUGUUUCAACUUCGAGUGAGUUUCGAGAAGGAUGUGCAAAAGCAGGAGGCAAUGUGGGAGAGACAACAUGAGGUUGCGGCUGAGAAAAUCUACAAUAUGUGCUCUGACCUGGUUGCCCAAAUAAUUGGGAAGCCUGACUUGGCCCCAGCUGCAUGGGUGAGAAGACUUGUUACACUGUGUGAUCAAGCCCCUGCAACCCAUUAUGGGGUUGUGCAACUUUUGCUGGAAAAGGAGUUGGGUCGGAGUGUUGAUGAAUUGUUUGAAAGAUUUGAUCCGACUCCUCUCGGUUCUGCUUCAAUUGCCCAGGUUCACCGAGCAAGACUGAGAGGUGGUCAGCGUGAUGUUGCUGUCAAGGUGCAACAUCCUGGGGUUCAGAAUUUGAUGAUGACAGAUAUCCACAACUUGCAAGCUUUUGCAUUAUACAUGCAAAAGACAGAUAUCAAGUUUGAUUUAUACUCUAUAACUAAAGAAAUGGAGAAACAGAUUGGUUAUGAAUUCGACUUUGAGAGGGAGGCUAGUGCUAUGGAAAGAAUUCAACGUUUUCUGUAUGGGAAUAACAAAAAGGCUCCUGUUUCUGUUCCACGUGUAAUGCGGGAUUUGGUCACUAGGAGGGUCUUAGUGAUGGAAUACAUUGAUGGAAUCCCAAUCCUGAAGCUUGGAGACGAAAUAGCAAAAAGAGGCAUAAAUCCUGGCGGUAAGAUGGCAGCAGCAGCAAAGCAGAACAUACUUAAAAGUUUGACGCUUGCAUAUGGACAAAUGAUACUGAGGAGUGGUUUCUUUCAUGCAGAUCCCCAUCCUGGAAAUAUUCUGAUCUGUAAAGGUUCAGAGGUUGCUUUGCUUGACUAUGGGCAAGUGAAGGAUCUCCCUGAAGAAUUGAGGCUGGGAUAUGCUUAUCUAGUUCUUGCUAUCGCUGAUAAUGAUCCUGUAAGGGCAUCAGAGAGCUACAGGGAGCUCGGCAUAACUACUUUAAGCAACUGUGAGGAUGAACAAAAGGAAAUGCUCAGAUUGGCGCAGACAAUGUUUGAUACGAAGCUUCCACCUGGCGUAACCAUGUUGCAACCUUUUUCAGAAGAAUCUUCAAUCAAAAAAAUUGCUGUUCAGGCAUUCCCAGAGGAACUGUUUUCUGUGCUGCGCACGGUACAUCUGUUGAGAGGACUUAGUGUUGGCCUUGGAAUCAACUACUCUUGCGCAGAGCAAUGGAGACCAAUUGCUGAAGAAGCUUUGUAUUUUGCUGGAAAACUAAAAGAUGAGGAUCUGAAGAAUAGAAGUUGUAACCGCGGUUUUCUUCGAAAGUUAUUUUGGAGAUAG